AUGAGUGGUGGGAGGAGGAGGAAGAGUAUUCGAGAAGAUUCUGAGCGACCAAGGGGCUCUGGGAAACUAAACAAUGAACCAGGUCUUCUAGGAAGAGACGGAUACCCAGGAGCUGACGGACGACAAGGACCACAAAACUUUGUGAAGGGAUCGUCUGGACCAGCUGGAGCAAGAAUGAGAACCCUGCAACUGAUGACUUUUCACCUACCUUGA